CACCGUUUCGUCCGGCAGGAUCUGUGUUUCUCGUCUCUCGUAUGUAUCGUAUCCAAAUGAAUGGAAGUGAAUCCUGACGUCCGGUGAUCGGCACCUCAAAAGGACAUGGACUGGAGGACCAGUCUCUUGCCUUUCUUCCUCGCCCUUCUUCAACAGGCCCAGAGCGAAGGCGUGUUCGAACUUCGCCUCCGCGCCUUCCACAACGACCUCGGGAAAGACGACCAAGGCGACUGCUGCUCCGGCGUCCCCGACCCUCAAUGUCAGUCGAGCUGGCAGGGGCCUUUCUGCGACCAGUGCAUCCCAUAUCCAGGAUGCAAGCACGGGAGCUGCCGAGAACCGGGGCAGUGCGAAUGCGACGAGGGAUGGGGAGGAGUGUUCUGCGACCAAGACCUCAACUAUUGUACGAACCAUCACCCGUGUCGAAACGGAGGGAUCUGUUUCAACACCGGGGAAGGGAGCUACGAAUGCAACUGCACUGCGGGCUUCACGGGCAAAGAUUGCGAGAGGGAAAUGGACGAAUGCCACACCAAUCCCUGUCGUCACGGAGGCAUUUGCCUGGUCAUGGGUUCGAAGUAUACGUGCAGCUGCAAGCAGGGAUGGCAUGGGCAAAACUGCGAGCUGACGGCGGGUUCUUGUGCGGAUUUCCCGUGUCGGAAUGGAGCCACGUGUCUGGAUGACCCGUCGGUGGGGUAUCGAUGCCGGUGUCCAUAUGGCUACUCUGGGAGCCAUUGCGAAACUCCGAGGGAUCCCUGCUCGUCUCAGCCUUGUCUCAACGGUGGGAAAUGCAAGUGGUACGGAGUGGGAUCGGAGUUCCAAUGCAGUUGUCCCCGAGGUUUCCGCGGAGCCAAGUGCGAGGAGCGAGUAGACGUAUGCGAAAGCGAACCAUCCCCGUGCCAGCACGGGGGGACAUGCACCAGGAUCAACGUGAGUCUGGGGGGACCGGAGGAGUUCAAGUGCCUCUGUCCGCCGGGGUUCGUCGGUUCACAGUGCGAGACGGAUGUGGAUGACUGUGCGACGAGGCCGUGUGCGAAUGCGGGGACUUGCUUGGAUCGACCCAAUGGGUUCGAAUGCCUCUGCCCGCCGGGGUACAUGGGGGCCACGUGUCAGGUCUAUGUGGACGCCACGUGUCAACUGAAUCCGUGUCAGAAUGGGGGGACCUGUAGGAAUUCUCUGGUGGCCCCUGGAUUUUAUUGCAUCUGUCCCGAGGGGGUCACGGGGAGGGAAUGCGAGUCCCCGGACCCCUUACGCCUGGAGGACGACGGGGGACUGAGCAUGGGACAGGUGGUUGCCAUAGCAACGGUGAGCGUGUCGGUGCCGCUGUUGGUGGUGUUGGCGACGUGUGCCGUGUGGUGCCUGAAGCACCGACGGCGACGCGAGAAGGCCCGAGCGGACGAGGAGGCGAGGCAGCAGAACGAAGCCAAUGCGAGGUCCAAGAACCUCAUCCUGCAACACCACAACAAUAACAACAAUCACCAUCACCAUCAUCCCAAGUUCGACAUGAUCGUGAACGACCUGGACUACCCGUCGAGUGAGAGCGGGAGCAAGUGCGUGAACACGACCGUGUCGAGUGAACCGAGUUACGAGAUCCUGCAGAAACGGAUGAGGAAAUCCUACAAACAGAUGAACACGUCCUGUCCCGCGUCCGAGACGCUUUCCGUGCCGGGCUCGGAUCGGUUCGGCAGGGCGUCCGUGUUGAGCGAGAAACUGGAGAAGGACCUGGAGCACGUCUACGCCGUGUCCAUGUCCACGUCCAGGUCGUUUAGUGGGGGUGGUGCAGGGACACCCCUGGGUGGCGGUGGCACCUGUGGAGGCACCUUCCAUCCGUCGUCGUCGUCGUCCUCGUCCUCGUCAUCGGUUCACUGUAGCACCAGUGAGAGCACGCUGGGCUGGAAGUCGUCAGGAGAGUCUCGGCGAUCCCCGUCACCUAGUCCCCCGUGCCCCCCGGGCCCCCCGUGCCCGUCCAUCCCGGGCGUCUACGUCAUCAGUGAUCCUCCGCCUCCCUCACUCUACGACUACGCGCGCGCGUCUUCGUUCAGUGAGGAUGGACUUCUCGCCACGGAAACGACGCAGUUGGGUGGGACCAAUCGCAGCGUUGCUGGGCCAUUGGCGGGGAGUGACGUCAUUGUGUGUCUCUUCGCCCUUGCCGCAGCCGAGCAACAUCAAGGCGGUGACUGGCACGAACAGACUUUCUAUCCUUCAUCUGCUUUGGUGCUUCCUCCUUCCUCGUUCUUCCGACUUCGGCAUGAGAGCAGAAGUGAAGGAUUCGUGAUGAGUAAGAAGCCUCAAUCACUCUGGGUGUUCGGGUAUGGAUCCCUGUGCUGGCGACCUGGCUUUCAGUUCGCCCAGGCCAAAGUGGGUCACGUGCGGGGAUUCUCUCGACGGUUUUGGCAAGGGAACACGACGCAUCGAGGAUCGCCGGGAAAGCCGGGGAGAGUGGUCACAUUGGUGGAAGAUGCGGACGGUAUGGUGUGGGGACAGGCGUAUGAGCUCAUAAACGAAGAUGCCCUGGAAUACCUGAAUCAUAGGGAAGUGGUACUGGGAGGAUACCGUUCCGAGCUGACUCUCUUCCGAAGUCGAGACGAGGGAGUGGAGUUCCCCGUCCUUGUUUUUCUGUCCGUCCCGGGUUCUCCUGGCUGGCUGGGACCUGCCUCUCCCCGGGAUGUGGCCGACCAGAUCCUCACCGCUCGGGGGCCUUCGGGCCACAAUGCGGAGUACGUCCUUCGCCUGGCGCACUUUCUGAGGGAGGUGAUCCCCGAGGACCGAGACGAUCACCUCUUCGAACUCGAGGCUCUGGUUCUGCACGGGCUGAAAAUGAUGGGUUUGUCGCACGAGGAGUUCCUGGGGAUCUCGAAGGGGAAAGCUACUCCUUGGGAGUCCUCUCAGGGUCCCGGAUCAGCGUCACCCCCUCCCAGUCCGAGGGAGAACUCCUUCCAGUUCCAAUCUAUGCUUCCAGCCAAGAGCCUUCGCUGCCUCAAUAUCACUUGAUUGUCUUUCGCACUUAAUUUUAUUCUGACGCACUGGACAGAUUUAGGGGGGUUAGCUUUUUCAUUAUUUCCGUUCGAGGUCUGCUGAAUACAGAUUAUAUUAUUGCCUUGGAGAUCAGGUCACGUGAACUGACAUGAUUAAUACAGGGUGUUGGCUCAUUCA